GCUGAUGAUGAUCCAAUAACUAUAGUAUUGGAGGCUUUAUAGUUAUUAUUAUUUUGAAUUCUCUUGUUUUUUUCACGCCUUAUUGCUUUGUUCAUAAGAGAUGGGCCAGAUUUCAUGUUUUGUGACUCUUUCAGGCUUCAAUUAAUGUGCUACAAGUACUUGUGGGACACUUUAGUUGUUGAUGGCUUCUUUGCUGAACAGUUUUUUAAUUUCUUUCCAUUGAAUCAAUAUAAUCUCUUAUCCAAAGAAAUCAGAGAGGAAACAACUAAGUCAGGUUUUCCUGCAAAGACCCUGGAGGACAUGGUGAGACAAUAUAGGACAGCAUGUAGCAUGCUCCCCCUUGCUCAGGACCAGCUGCUAUUGAGGUAUGAAUCACAAAAGGAUCAAUCAGUGCUUGCAGAAUAUCAAUUUGCAUAUGAUUCUGAUUGGCUCAAGAAGCAACUUCAAAGUUCCCUUGAAUUCUGGACAGGAAAGCGAGAAGCCAAUUACACACCAGAGGAAGAGCGCUGGAAAUGCCAGCAUUGUCAGUUUGAGUCUGUUUGUCCUGGAAACCCCAAACCUAAUACAUCACAAGGCUCCCCAAGACCUGAUAGAACACCAGUUUCUCCAAGACCUGAUAGAAUGCCAGGUUCUCCUCCAAGAUCUACCCCUGUUAGGCUUUCCAAGUUCUUUGAGUGAUGACAUUAACAUUAUUCUCUUCUAUUUUCACAUACAACAACCUUGACACCAUUACCUUCAUUGGAGAAGCAAAAUUUUUAUAAUGCUUCUUAUAGUUCUUUAUGCAUCAUUUAUCUAACUGCAGCAUUUGACAAAUCUGUUCCAAGAUGCUUCAGUAAUCCUGUAAGCUUUGCUCAUUGCAUCUAAUGUAUUGUAAGCCUCUGUGAUUCAUCAUUGUCUAGAUGAAUUAUAAUCUGUAAUUUAUUGUUAUUCA